ACCACACAGCUAACUUAAAAAUUAACUUGGAUGCCUGACAGCUUCUAACAAGUAAGCUGCUUCUACAUCUUAACCGCCACUCACUAAGCAAAUCUCGCAGCAUGGUCGACUACGGCUCCGAUCCAGCAUGGAGCGAUGUCGUGCCCAUCGUUCAGCUCGAUGGCGGCCCCAAUGCUCUCGCUCAAAUUGCUUAUAGCGAUGAGUAUAGCGAAGCCAUGUCCUACCUCCGUGCCCUCAUGGCAGCGAACGAGUUGAGUGACCGGGUGCUUUCACUGACGGAAAACAUCAUUCGAAUUAAUCCGGCACACUACACUGUUUGGCUGUACCGCGCUCGCGUGCUCUUAGAUCAAAACCGCGACCUACGCUCCGAGAUCGAGUGGCUGAACCCCAUUGCUUUGAAGUAUCUGAAGAAUUACCAGAUAUGGCAGCAUCGACAGACCAUUGUAGACAAACUCGAUGAUCCGACGGGCGAGCAGGAAUUCAUCAGAACAAUGUUGGAGAAGGAUACAAAGAACUAUCAUGUGUGGAGCUACAGGCAUUGGUUGGUCAAGAGGUUUAACCUAUUCAAUAAGGGCGAGCUCGAGGAGACCGAGCGAAUGUUGGACGAAGACAUCAGGAACAACUCCGCGUGGAACCAUAGAUGGUUCGUGGUGUUUUCCCAAGAUGAUAGUGUGUGGAAGGAUCCAGGGAUUGUGAACCGUGAGACCCAAUUCGCUAAAUCGAAAAUCCAACUGGCCCCGCAAAACGAAUCCGCAUGGAACUAUCUUCGAGGAAUUCUGCGUAACUCAGGGACGCCUGGCUCUGCCAUCAUGGGGUUUGUCUUGCAAUUCGCUCCUAUCGACGAGCCUGAGAAGAUCCGGUCAAGCCAUGCACUGGAUCUGCUUGCCGAUAUCUUCAGAGAAUUGGGGCACAUAGAGGACGCCGAGCGUGCAUUGGAUCUUCUGGCCAAUAUAUACGACCCCAUUCGAGAGAACUACUGGACGUACCGAAAAGAUAAGCUAGUAAUCAGUGUAGAUUCUUAA